AUGGUCCAAGCUGUGCCUAGCAAGGAUGGACUACACUUUGUGACCGGCGGCAACAGGGGGAUCUAUGGCCCUCUCUCCUAUAUAUACAGCACCCAAAGCGAGACUUGGACCACAACCUCGACUUUGCCUGGUCUGGCCAGCCAAGUAGGAUACAAGAGAUUCAACGUCGGGAUGGCCCUGGACAAGGUUACUGGUCUGGUAUAUAUCUAUGGUGGACUUCAGGAAGCGAGAUUCUCAAAAGAACUCACUGUUUUGGACACGUCGCCCUCGAAUGCAGCGAAGAUGAGCUGGACACUCUCCACCAACAAUACAUUCUUACCGGCACUUUAUGAGCCCUUUGCGGUCUUUCUUCCAACUCGGAACAAGACGUUGGUCUUUGGAGGAUGCGACUAUUUAGAUCCAUCAAACGGAUUGGUCGGCAACUGCUACCCUCUCAGCGCCGGAUUCCUGAUCUCGAACGGACAGAGUGUGAGUCAAUUAUUGAUUGAAAGCCGACCAUUCAACACCCCAUUGAAUCCGCCCUCGCCGCGGUAUCAGUCUUGCAGGGUGGUCCUGCCCGAUGGCAACGUCUUUGUCCAGGGCGGCAAAAAUAGACCCAACAACAUAGAUAUUUACUUUUCCGAUGCUUGGAUUCUCAAUGUGACGGAUUGGACGUGGAGGGUUGUCAACAUCACUGGCCCUAUGACGGAGAUGGUUCGAGCAGGACACGCCUGUCAGUUGGGCGCCUAUGGCCAGAUUGUCAUUGUUGGAGGUCAAAAUAAGAAGAACAACCUUGACGUUUUUGCAACACCAGCCGUGGCUGUAAUCGAUACUGGGACAUGGACAUGGAAAAAUAAAUACACCGGUGGCCCUGUUCCUGGGGUAGGCGGCGGCGGCAGCGGUGACCCUAACGACAACAACGACAACAACAACAACAACAACAACAACAACAACAACAAUAAUAAUAACGACAGCUCAGGACUGUCUGCAGGCGCCAAAGGAGGAAUAGGUGCAGGAGUUGCACUUGCCAUUUUGGCUGCAGGCGUGGCCGGAUUCAUUUUCUGGAGGAGACACCGGUCGUCAUCGCAGCCGACGCCUCAUGCUCAAAAGCCCGACGCGCCGUCGUCCAGGCUACAAGGGGGUGGCGGUGAUUUCGAGAAGAACGAGGCUGGUUUCAGCAGGACGAUUUAUGCGCCAAGGGGUCCAGCCUACAUCUCUUCAUCCCAGCCUACUGUCCAGGCCGUGUACACCCCGCCGCCACCACCACAUGCGAUUGUUGAAGGUUCGGAGCCGCCCUCACCCGCCAUGACGACACUCCCGCUCUACGCAGGAUACGCCGCCAGCGACGAGAUUGUCUCGACGCCGUCCACAGUCGUCAGCAAGAAACGCAGCUUGUUUGGAAUCACCAAAUCGUCGUCAAAGUCUAACUUGGGAGGAACUAACAGUAACGGCAACGGUGACGCAGGGUCAGACGCCGCUCUGGCAGCAGCACUUCUCCAGGCAGAGGACUCGUCGUCAUCAUGGAAUACCAGCAGCCGCAAGGGAACGUUUUCCGACAACAAGGAUUAUAUCCCCUUCCAGCAGAUGACAGUAAACCAUAUCCGAGUCCCGUCUACCAAGUCAAACCAACAGAAACCACAGUUGGACCCGUAUGGAUCCUCGUCGACAUCCUCACCGGCCUCGCCACCAGACAACCGACCACCUACGAUUCACACAUUUGUCAAGAACACGGUCCAGCUUUCCUCAGCGGCACCUCGCCAUAUUGCCGGCCCCCAGAGUCUUGUUCCCGAGGAGGAGGCCACGAUCCAGCGGUUCUCUCCCGGAGUUCCCAUACGGACCGUUACUGCUCAGGAUCUGGACCAGGAUGGUCACUACCCGCCCCUGACCCCCACGCGUGGGUAUGGCCCUUCGUCGAUCUUGAUCGGAUCCUCAGGACCUGCGACGCCGACUACUUUGGUCACGUCGCCACUCCACCACUCGGCAGUCAUGGCGUACCCAGAUCUUGUCGCGAUGGGAGCUCAGUCAUUGCCUGGUCAUCCGGCAGCCAUCGAGGGAGGUACGAGGGUAUCUGCGUACUUUGGACAGCCUGCUUACAGUCAUAGUGGCAGCGCCAGUACCACUAACGUCAACAGCAACAACAGUGGCGAUGGGAAUGGAUCGUCAUUGUACCGCGACCCGCGGAUGGCGAAGGAUCUGGAUCAAAUUGCCAGGGAGAUCGAGAGUCAGACGGUCCUGGAGCCAAAGGGACCUCACGCUCUCGUCCCUCCUUCCUUCCGGAAACCUUGA